AUGGUAUCACCACAUAGAUUGAGGCUCUUCCUUUUGACAGUUCCAUCUCUGGUCCUGGCCGCUCCAGCUGCUAAUUUCGUUCCAACCACGGACUCGAACUGCAACUGUUUCCUCACCAACCUGACUUCCAGGAGCUACUUCAGCCAUCACAAGUUCUUCGACUUCCGGGAGUUAUCCCAAUAUGUCAGCGUGCCCGACCCCAUAAAUUCCCAAGAGGGCAACGCCAACGCGGACGUAACGAGCAGCUAUUUCUCGUCUGUUAACUGGACCAGCGCGUGGGUCAUCCAAAACUGGGAUAACAGCGACAAGCUGGGCACCCCUGGAGUUGACGCCACGUUGCUCAAGGUCAACUCGCCCAACAAUAUCUAUAUAGAGAAAAAUGCCGACUACGCCCGCGACAGGUCUUCAACGUACAUGACCAUGCGGACCGUGCGGCACGAAAACUUCCAGUCGGCAGCCGAAUUCGAGUCCCUCUCGAAAAACUACCACUUCCUGUCUAUGCGUAUGAAAGCUCGCACACGAGGUGCUCCCGGGGCCAUUACCUCCAUGUUUACCUACCGCCCCUCUCCAGAUGGCACACUUGCAAGCCUGCAGGAGUCAGAUCUCGAGGUGCGAACCAUGGAUCCCCGGAACAAAAUAUCGUACACGAACCAACCGGCUUAUAGCGAGGACGGAGAAACCAACCCCAAAGCGUCUGAAAACGCUACCGUGGGCCGUAGCUCCUGGGAUGACUGGCAGUAUCACCGCAUGGACUGGACGCCUGGAUCGAGCAGUUGGUACGUGGACGGAGUGCUCGUGGCGAGCAGCACGUUCCAGACGCCACGGGACCCCAGCACGGUUUUAUUCAACGUGUGGAGUGACGGCGGGAGUUGGAGUGGGAAUAUGACGGUGGGCGCCGAGGCAUAUAUGCAGGUGCAGUGGAUUGAGAUGUUGUAUAAUAAAACGGACUCUGAUGUAGGGGGUGGACCCAACACGAACGCGGCGGGGAGUUGCAAGAGUGUGUGUAGUGUUGAUUUGGGGAGGACGAUUGGGACGCCUGUUUUGGUUUCAAACGGAGGACAAGGUGGCCAGGCGUGUGCGGCUGCGAAAUAUGGGCAGUGUGCUGGGAAGACUUGGAACGGGUGUAUUGCAUGCGCAGGGAGCGCGGAAUGCAAAUACCAGCACGAUUACUAUUCGCAGUGUCUGUGA